AGACGGAGCGAGCAGGGGCAGCAGUGCCUACAGUGCAGCGCCGGCGGGGAAGCCUCAGCUAUAUAUGCCCUGGCCGUCGGGCGACCAGUUAGUCAUCUCCUCGGUGUGCUGUUCAGUGCUCUCAUCAGUGUCGUGCCAUGUGUUCCCUCAAGGUGUGCGUCCUGCUGGUGGCGGCGCUGGCCGCGGCGACGGCUCAGGAGGCCAAGCCCACCUACAGCACGCGCUACGACAACAUCGACCUGGAGGAGAUCCUGCGCUCCGAGAGGCUGCUCAAAAACUACUUCAACUGCCUCAUGGAGACCGGACCCUGCACGCCGGACGGGCUCGAGCUGAGAAAAAUUCUGCCGGAUGCUCUGAAGAACAAGUGCAACGCCUGCACUCCAAAGCAACAGGCUGGAACCGAGCGGGUCAUUCGGUUCCUCAUCGAAAUGCACCCUCAAGAGUUCCUGAAGCUGGAAAAGAAAUACGAUCCUUCUGGAGUGUACAGAGUGGAGUAUCAAGCUGAAGCCGAGAAGCGAGGCAUUCAUCUUCCUGCGCCACUUCCUUGAUAAUUAUUUGAACAACAAGAAACAAAAGACUUGACUUGGAAAAAUAAUUUUUUAAUAAAGCAUUUUUUUGACAGAAAAGAAAUUAUAUUGUCAGUGACUCCACCUUUCACGUAAUUUCUCUUUCAAAGAAACAACUAAUGGGUUUAAAUGAGGCCUAUCAUACAGGUUCAAAUUUU